AUGAAGAAGUUGAACAGAUGGCGUAGGUACAUUGGGUGCGGUAAUUAUAUGGAGAGUUGGUCGAACGAGGUGAUUUUCGUGGCUGUGGAGUCGACCGGAGCGUUUCCUGGCCGCACCACCAGCGUGUGCGAUUUUCAGGUAGCUGCUGGCCUCGAUUUUGGGGCCUGCGUUGUUUGUGUCGAAAUAGCCGGAAAGUUGGCUGUUAAUGUCCUGAGAUUCGACCGGACCUGUGCUGUCAAUGGGUUUGACGUACUGGAACAGCAGUUUCUGCGCCUUGACAGAUCCAGAAGAGUAGAUGUACACAUUUUUCGCAGGGUCUUUGGACCACGUGCCGAUGGCCUGCAAAGCGUCGUUGUACAACGGGGCCUGGAUUUGGCCCUCGUGGUAGCCCUUUUCCCAGACAAAGCCCUGGAGUUCCUUGAGAACCGGGUCCUUGACGUCGUUGUCGACCAGCGACUUGAUAUGGCUGUGCAAUUGGGUCUUGGAAACCAGUGUGGCUUGCGGGAACUUGGCCAGGAUGGAUUCCAAGGUGUCGGUGGAGUUUUGCGAGAUCGGGUAGGUGUAUCUAUCCAGGAUGUCGGGCAAUUGUGCCAGAAAGUACGGGAACAACACGUCCUUGACAAACGAGAUCGGGCAAAUUGUGCCCUCAAUGUCCAAAAUCACACUCACAGCCAUGAAAAGAAAUACAAGACAAUAUAA